UGUUUGGAAUCGCGUUUAUCUGAUUAUUAAAAAUGGCCAGAAAUUCAGAAAAAGCCAUGACAACAUUGGCUCGAUGGAGGGCAGCCCACAUUGACAACAAAAAAGACAAAGAAAUUAGACCUUACCUAGCCACAGAAUGUGAUAAUCUUCACAAGGCAGAGAAGUUUAGAAGACAAAUCAUUGGAGAAGUUUCAAAGAAAGUUGCACAAAUUCAAAAUGCUGGGCUUGGGGAGUUUAAACUAAGGGAUUUGAAUGAUGAAAUAAACAAACUGAUAAGAGAGAAACGACAUUGGGAAGAUAGGAUAAAAGAUCUCGGAGGUCCAGAUUAUAAACGCAUUGGUCCUAAAAUGCUCGAUAGGGAAGGCAAAGAAAUUCCAGGUAACAGAGGUUACAGGUAUUUUGGAGCCACAAGGGACUUGCCUGGAGUAAGGGAACUAUUUGAAAAAGCACCCCCACCACCUCCAAAGAAGACGCGCGGGGAAUUCAUGCAGAACGUUGAUGCGGAUUAUUAUGGCUACAGAGAUGAAGAUGAUUGCAUCAUAUUUGAACAAGAAGCUCAGAAAGAAGCUGAAGUUGAAAUUUCAAUAUUUGCUCGUAAACAACCUUCCAAGGUUGAACCAGGCAUGGAGACCUGCCAUGAGAACCACUUGAAGAGUUACCACGUUCCCGUACCUUCACAAAAAGAGAUCGAACAGGCGCUGGUGAUAAGGAAGAAGAGGGAGAUCCUGGAAAAGUACGCCAGUGAGGCCCUGCAGGUCAGCGAGGAGGAAACAAAAAAAUUAUUAGGCAUCCUUUGAUCUUGCUGGUCCCCAUGCUUCUCUAUGACUGACUGAUUGAUUGUUUUUUUUGUUGCUUUCUUUCAAUUAUAAUAAUAUUAUUAAUAAAAUAAAUAGCGCGAGAUGUGUUUUUUUUAAUUCCUAAACUAUUAAUAACACAUUAAAGACAUCUGUCUCUCUUUAUCCGAUAACCAUUUUUGAAAAACGAAUAUACGCAAUUCUAUGAUAUUGUGUAUUUAUCACAAAAAUUAUGAAAUAAUAAAAUUAUGUUGUAUUCAAA